CAAGAGGGAAGUCCCACGGCGUGGCAACAACACCCAACUCACUAUUUUUUCGUCUUUAAAGUUCUAGAUACACCAGCCAAGACUGAAACUUUGAGCAUUGGCUCUGGGGUCGUUAUGCGAUAG